AUGUGGUUUCUGCCCAACUUUGCGGUUCUUUCCGGCGUCGCGCUCCUACCCUACUUCUGGUGGGUCACGAUCUUUACGAUCUUCACGAAUCUAUGGCAGGGCGUGUACGGCUGGCAGGCGAUCGACGCGGCCGUACACUUUAUCACGAACGGCGUCACCAUGUUUGUUGCCAGUUGGACGGGGAGUUGGGCGAAGCGAAUCUCCCCUAAGUGGCUCAUCCUAGGUGGUCAGGCUCUCAUGAUUGUCGCUACUAUCCUCAUGGCGUUUGCGUCUGCGCGAGGGGCGUAUUGGCCAUUCAUCUUCCCUGCCCUCCUCCUCGGGUUGUCAAGAGUUAUGAUCACCUGCACGCACACCAACAUCGCCAUCUUCAAAACGUCCCUGGCAGAGUCGGACAGGAUGACGGGAACAGUUGGCGCGAUAUUCAACGGCGCGCUUCAGCUCGGGUCCGCUGUCGGGAUAGCGGCUGCGACGAGCGUGGAGAGCAGCGUUAAAAAGUGGUCUGAGAAGGGAUCCGAGGGAUCUGAAGGCCGCGCAGCGGCAUUCUGGUUUCUGCUGGGAAUCAUUGUCCUGGAGACUGCUCAAGUCGUGAUAUUCUACCGGAGGGACGUGUCUGCUCCCACGGAUGCUAAGCAGGAGGAGCACAAGGCCAACUUCGGCGAGGUUACGUGCUCUACGGCGACUGUUUCUGUGGAAUGUCGAAUGCAAGAGCAAAAGGUUUCCGAUGGUCGAGAAUUCGGCGGGGUGUAG